CCAAGUUCUCUGCUUCUUUCUAGAGGGCUACGACCAGCUACGACAACCUUUCGAUGUUAUAAUUUUAAUUUUAAUUUUCCCUUCCCCUAUAAAGUUUGGGCUGAUUACGGCUCGUUUGAAAACUGGUGUUUAGUAGUUCAGAGGUCUUUCCGGUCGUGUUGAAUUUUUUACCCCUAAAAUGUUCAGCAGUUAAAAAUAAACUGAAAAGUAAACAAGGCAUCCCAGUGAAACAUAACCUCAGACAUCAUGACUGAUUUUAUGGAUCACAGGAGAGAAGAGCGGGAGAAAAUAGGGCUGGAAGGUGCAAGAGGUGUUUGGGGAAGAUCACCUUCGCGCUGUGAUGACUCGGAUACUUCAGAAUAUUUGAUAGAGGCGGCUAAACGGAAGAGAGAACAACCUGACGCAGAUGCUCCUGAUAGCAAAAAGUCUAAGAAAGAAAAAAAGAAAAAGAAGAAACACCACAAGGAACACAAGUCAAAGAAAUCCAGCAAAAAGAAGCGCAAGAAGGAGAAAAAGUCAAAGAAAUCCAAAAAGAAGCGAGAUUCAUCUUCAAGCAGCUCGUCAGAUGACAGUGACUCUGAAGCACAAUGGGUGGAAAAGGAUGUGGCCCAGAGAAAGUCUCGAAGAUCCUCCUCCUCCUCAGAUGACGAAGAUGGUGUUGUAGGCCCUGUUCAAAGCUCUCAUGGGGGAUUAUCUGCCAAAGACUUUGGCAAGGCUUUACUUCCCGGUGAAGGUGCUGCAAUGGCAGCGUAUGUUGCAGAUGGAAAACGUAUUCCACGCCGAGGUGAAAUUGGCUUAACAUCUGAUGAGAUAGCUAAUUAUGAAUCAGUUGGCUAUGUUAUGAGUGGAAGCAGGCACCGGAGAAUGGAGGCUGUUCGAAUUCGUAAGGAGAACCAAAUUUAUUCUGCUGAUGAAAAGAGAGCCCUUGCUAUGUUCAGCAAAGAAGAACGGCAGAAGAGAGAAAACCGUAUCCUGUCUCAGUUUAGAGAAAUGGUUACCAGUAAGCUGGAGAAGAAGUCUUAAAAAUGUCUUACUAUUGUAUAAAAGUAUUUCUUUGAAUAAUGUCAUAACUUAAUCAACCAAGUGUAAAUCAAGUGUAAAUAUUAAGGGAAUUGUGUAUUGUAGAAUUUUCCUGUGAUAAAGUCUUUGAAAACUGG